AACGCUGUCCAGGUCCCGCUGUCCGGUGCUGGAUCCCCAUGGGGGGCCUGUGAUUGCCGCUCUCACUCUCCCCGCCGGAUCGCACGGCACAAUGGCCGACUGGGAGCCGCCGCGAUAUGAGCUGCAGCUGGACGUCAGGAGGAGGAACGUGUUUGUCACCCAGCUGGGGGAGGGCAGAGAGGAAGAGGAUGAAAAUAUUACGCAAAUUCCUAUAAUAAAGGAGGCUGCUGGUAAAAUAUUGGACACCAGUAAAAACACUCUGCAAAAGACGCUCGUUUUGAAAAAAGAGGUGGAGUAUGACCGUGUCAGCCAGGAACUGGUGGAUAAAAGACAAGAGUUUGCUGAACGGAUGCGGGUGCUCGAUGCGCUGAAGGAGCAGUUUGCACUGAAACAGAGAGAAUGCUCCGAUAAAGCUGUCAAGUUUGAGAAGUUCCUGAAGGACAGCGAUGCCAAGAGAAACCGGGCGAUCGUGAAAUGCCAAGCAGAGUCACGGCAGAAUGAGUUGCGCCAAGUAGAGUUCGAUGAGUUAACAAAACAACUUGGAGAGAAGCGAAUCAGACAGCAGAAUUUACACGUAAGGAUAAAGAAAAAUAAAAUCUAUGAAGAAUUCUUAUUGAAGAUGGUUGAGAAAGUCCCAGACAAUUAUCUAGAAUAUGGGAUGGACACCCCGAUGAAGGCCAUAAUCAGACGCUAUGAGACGCUCUCCUUCACAAAUGCAAAUCUAGUGAAUAACCUGACUGUUCUCGCUGACGAGUUGGAGAGUGCACAGCACAGACUGGAACUCCUAAAGAGACAGCAUGACACGUCAAAGCUGACUGAGAGUUCUUGCGAUUUGGUAUCAGAAAAGUGUGACAUAGAAUCAUUCAUAGAAGAAUAUGCUGGGGAGCCCCUGUAUCAGCGGAAGCUGAAGGACCUCCAGGCCACAUACGGCGCUGUCCGUAAAAUGCGAGCUGAUGGCAGCUGUUUCUAUAGAGGCCUGGGCUUUGCCUAUUUAGAGUCUUUGCUUGGUAAACAGCAGGAAAUUCUCAGGUUUAGAGAACGUUUAAUCCAGAGCAGACAUGAGCUUCUAGCAGCCGGGUUCUUGGAACACCUAUUUCAAUAUUGCUAUGAGAUAUUUCUUAGCAUAGUAGACAUUACUGAGAAAGACGGUCCGGUCUCCAACCUACUGAAAGCAUUCAACCAUCCAUAUGCCUCGGAUGGUGCCAUCCAGUACCUGAGACUGGUCACCUCUGCCUUCCUCAAGAACAGGGCUGAGAUCUACCAACCUUUCAUGGAGGACGGACUGCACAUAUUCGACUUCUGCACUCAGCACGUGGAACCCAUGAGCACAGUAUGUGACCAUAUUCAGAUCAUCGCCCUGACGCAGGCGCUGGACAUUCCUCUGCAAGUAGAAUAUGUGAACUCAAUGGACACUGCAGUAAAUCACCAUGUGUUCCCUGAGGGAGCUAGCCCCACCAUCUAUAUGCUGUACACACAGGAUCAUUACUCCUUAUUAUACAGAGCACAAAGCCAGGAGGAGAAGUGACGUCACAUGGUUUCAUCCUUACUGGACCCAUCUGGUGGAAGCUGUGCUUAUGUCCUUGUCUGAUCUUAAGUGAUGACUUUUAGUCAAACCUUAUUUGUGUCAGAUGUGAACUGUAUGCCAAUAUACAGGGUGAUUCAAAAGUCGCAGUAAACCCUUUUGUUUCAAAAACUGUGCAGGAAACUGAAUACUCCAGUGAGGUAUGGGUGAGGUGGGCUAUCUUUUAGGGCAAGUACCAAACAUGGGCACGAUCUUGAAUCUAAGUCAGUUUUCCCAUUUUCUGCAGUUUUUGAAACCAAAGGGUGUACUGCGACUUUUGAAUCACCCUGUAUAUGCCACUCCUGAUUGUCUGGUAAAUGAGUGAUCUAUGUAUAAAUUGUCAAAUACCUAAUCAAUUGAUAACAAGUAGUACUAAAAGUGCUUGUUCGGAAAUAAACGUUUUGUAAUAAAGGAUUUCUCUAUA